AUGGCAUCCUCAUCUACAGGUAUGUAUGUAUCUGUAGAUUUUCAUUACAAUGGAUUCUUUUUGCCAAACCCAUUGGUGUACUUAGACCCCGUAAAAACAAAUGUACGUGAUGUGGAUUUUGGGGGAUUUACGUAUAAAGAGUUUCUUUUGUGGCUUACGAAAUUAACAAAUGGAGAAUGUGAUAAUGUCUACUACUGUAUGAGAAAGGAAAGCUUGUGUGAGGGUAUUAGAAGAAUCGACAAUGAUGCUGAUUAUUGGGAGUUUGUGGAGACUGUUUAUAGUCUGGAGAGUGAUUGUCUUGAGAAUGGUAAAGGGUAUGAGUUGGAUGAGUUGGAUGAAGAGGAUGACAAGGAUUCUGAAGUUUCAAUGACAAUGGAAUAUGAACAUGAAUGGGAUGAUGAAGAUGAACAUACUUUUGAUAAAACUGUUAGAGACCCAUUCUUGGACAAACUUUCAGGGCAUAUUAGUGAUGAUGAUGAAGAGGAAGCAAACAAUGGGAAACUUAAGGAUGUUGUGUUCCCUGUCCAUAAUGAGAAUCAAGAAUGGGAGCAAAUGGUGCCAGUUUUGGGUAUGAAGUUUUCUAAUCCAUUGGAAUUGAAGUUGUGUAUCACCAACUAUGCAGUCAAAAAUGGAUAUGAUUUAUGGUAUGAGAAAAGUGAUCAUGAAAGAGGUCAGUUGCUCUCUGCUAUAGGUAGAGAUGCAAAUAACCAUAUAUAUCCCAUUGCUUGGGCUGUUGUAUCAGUGGAAAGUAAAGAAACAUGGAAGUGGUUUAUUGACCUUCUAAUUGAGGACCUUGGAAUGGGAGUUGGGCAUGGACUAACCUUGAUAUCAGACCAACACAAAGGAUUACUUGAGGCUGUGAAGGAAAGGGUCCCAGCAGCAGAGCAUAGGCAAUGUGCUAGGCACAUAUGUGCUAACUUCCUGAAAAGGUUUAAGGGCCAAGUGUUUAAAAAGAUUUUGUGGUAUGCUGUUGCAGCUACUACCCCUGCAAAAUUUGAACAACACAUGAAUGAAAUCAAGAAAUUAGAGCCACUAGCUUAUGACCAUUUGAUGGAAAGGGACCCUAAAACUUGGAGUAAAGCAUUUUUUCAGACUGAUAGGGCUUGUGAUGCAUAUGAAAAUGGUAUCUCUGAGAGUUUCAACUCUGUGAUUGAAGUUGCUAGGAAGAGACCACUAAUCACCAUGUUAGAAGAAAUUCGAAUUUAUGUGAUGGAGAGGCUUUAUAGACAGAAGAUUAAGGGGCAAUCUUGGGAUUUAACCAUAUGUCCUACCAUUAGGCUGAAGUUGUCCAAGCUUAAGGAUCUUCAAAGGACAUGUGCCUGCAGAACUUGGCAGUUAACAGGUUACCCUUGUGUGCAUGGGUAUGCUUGCAUUGCAAGCCUCAACAGGGAUGUAGAGGAGUAUGUGUCACCAUGGUUUACCACAUCAAUGUACCUAAACUGUUACAGGAAUACCAUUAACCCACUAAAUGGUAGUGACAUGUGGCCUCAUGUAGACUACAUCAGCCUAUUGCCCCCCAAAAGGAGAAGGCUACCAGGAAGACCAUCAACAAAAAGGAAAAGGGAUCAGAUUGAGAGGGAAAACCAAGGAAAAAAGCAUUUAAUCACAAAAAGAGGUAGUGUGAUGAAAUGCAACAUAUGUAUGGAAAGUGGGCAUAAUAGAACAACCUGUCCUCAGAAACCAAUUGGGGAAUCAUCAAAUGCAAGUUCAAAGAAAAAGAAAUCCAAGAAAGCUGAUAAAGUGAAGGUUGUAUUGGCACAUGAAGUUGAUAUUGACAGUGACAUUGAAGUUGAAAUAGAACCUCAAAGUGAUGUUGACUCUUUUGAUCUUGAAUUUGAAGAUGAUGUGCAACCUGAAGUUGAAGAUGGAGUAGAACCUGAAGUCCAAGAUGGAGUGCAACAUGAAGUUCAAGAUGAAGUGCAAGCUGAAGUUGAACCUGAAAAUCAUCCUGAAGUUCAUGAUGCUAACCAAGUUGAAGUUCACCUUGCAGUUCAAGCUGAAGUUGAACCUGAAGUGCAAGUUCAAGUUGAAGAUGCUAACCAAAUUGUAGUUCAAGAUCAAGUGGAAAUACCAGCUUUUCAAGUUGUAGUGGGAAAGAGGGCAAGGAAACCUUCAGAAAGAAUUACAAAACUGAAGAUAAGAAAGAUGUGGGAGGGAAAACAGGGCAGUAGUGAUGACAAUCCGUAUGAGUUGGAUUAACUUUUGGCUUAUUGUACUAGUUGGAAUACCUUAACUUUUUGCACAUCUUUUGGGUGUAAUGAAUGUUUAACUAUGUUAUGUAAAACUUUUGACACAUCUUUUGAAGUCAAUGUUCCCUGGAAUGUCUAUAAUAUAUUACCAUCUUUUG